GAAAAAAACUUUUUUGUCGGUGUACCAUGCAGACUUACCCUGAAAAUCACUGUAUGCUGAUUUCCUUUUUUUCUACUUAAUUUGAAAUGAACACGUUUGUUUUUCGAAGGCUCGUGUCGCCUCCCCGUCAGCCAAUGAGGUGCCGCGGCGCUCGGCCUGUGGGAGAGGGGUGUGUUCGGGCCUAGAGUUUAAAACCCACCGAGCAUGCGCACAACGGCUUCGGGCUCAGAAGCGUGCGCCAUAUUGGAUCGCCGUGCUGUCUAACAGUUUUCGGCUAGCACUCCUGCUAGCUUGUGUGCAGGCUAAAUAACAGCGCUCCCCACUCUACGGUUCGGGCUUUUUAGCACUUACCUUUAUUUAUGCAUAUGUAUAUUUUUAAGACGGGAUUACUUGCGGACCGAUCAGCCCCCCCCCAAGCAAGUACAUUUUAACUGGCAACUCGAUUCGCAGUGACUAAUUAGAGACGAGUUGAAUGGAUCCGAGGGUCGCUUGGAUUCAGCCCGAACAGAAAGGACCUGCUAAUGCCUUAUGGAUGCAUGUGUGGGAGACCUCUCAGGAAGUGAGGACGAGCAGCACUCAUCACCUGCACCACCACCAUCACCAUCAUCAUCAUCACCACCACCACCACCACAUCUGUGUCAACUCUCCGGCGCUGGACUCGAGCGCCUUCAGGAGUGUCGCGGCCGCGGCGCAGAGCAGAGGCAUCGGGGGCAGCAGCCAUCGCAACCCGGCGAGCAGCACAGUCGCGCCGCACCCCCUCGCCGCCGCCGCCUCCACCUCCACCACCACCUGCUCCUCGUCCUCUAACGCACCGAAGGCGUGUCCGGGAGAAGCAGGGCGACGGCUCCUCAAGUCCGGCUCCGUGUCAUCGUCGUCCUCCUCCUCGGUGGAAUCGGGAGCCGAGAGCCCGCCCUUCUUCGGCUGCUCGUCGCCGGGGACGGGGCGGAGCGGCGUCGCCGUCGCCAACCUGAACCAGAACGCCGGAGGUGCCAAGCUGCUGUUCGCCUACCAGGAAAGCGUGUACGGCGUGAGCCAGCAGCAGCAGCAGCCGCAGCACCACCAUCAUCAGCACCGCCAGGAGCCCACCGUGACGCUCCUGCAUCAUCAUGCCCAGCAGAGCUACUACGGCAAGCGCCAUCACCACCCGCAGGCGCAGCCCGCCGCCGCCGCCGGGAGCCACGAGCUGCACCAUCCGGGCCGGAGGAGGAGCGACAACAAGGCGAGCACGUACGGCAUCAACUACCUGCUAUCCAACUGGAGCAACGGCAACUGCGUGAGCUCCGCCGGGACACCCUGGAAGACGAGGAAAUACAACCCCGGCGUGAACGGACUUCACGAGGAGAUCGUGGACUUCUACCGCUUCAUGUCCCCGCGGCCCGAAGAAGCAGCGAUGCGCAGAGAGGUGGUGAACAGGAUAGAGGCGGUCAUUAAGGAGCUGUGGCCGACUGCCGAUGUCCAGAUAUUUGGCAGCUUCAGCACAGGACUUUAUCUUCCAACAAGCGACAUCGACCUCGUCGUCUUUGGGAAGUGGGAGCGAUCCCCGUUGCAGCAGCUGGAGCAGGCCCUGAGGAAGCAGAACGUAGCCAUGCCAUACUCGAUCAAAGUGCUGGACAAAGCAACGGUACCCAUAAUAAAGCUUACUGACCAGGAGACUGAGGUCAAAGUUGACAUAAGCUUCAAUGUGGAGACAGGUGUGAAAGCUGCUCGUUUUAUAAAGGAUUAUCUGAAAAGGUACUCCGUGCUGCCUUACCUGAUCUUCGUGCUGAAGCAGUUCCUCCUUCAGAGGGACCUGAAUGAAGUCUUCACGGGCGGCAUCAGCUCAUACAGUCUCAUUCUGAUGGUCAUCAGCUUUUUGCAGCUGCACCCAAGAAUUGAUGCCAGAAACGCCAACGUCAACCUCGGCAUCCUGCUCAUUGAGUUCUUUGAGCUCUACGGGCGACAUUUUAAUUACAUGAAAACGGGGAUUCGGAUCAAGAACGGCGGCGCCUACAUAGCCAAAGAAGAAAUCAUGAAGGCCAUGACCAGUGGCUACAGGCCAUCAAUGCUGUGCAUUGAGGAUCCACUUUUGCCAGGCAAUGAUGUUGGCAGAAGUUCUUAUGGUGCCAUGCAAGUGAAGCAGGUUUUUGACUACGCCUACAUUGUGCUGGGCCACGCGGUUUCCCCCCUUGCCCGCUCAUACCCCAACAAAGACAGUGACAGCACGUUGGGUCGCAUCAUCAAGGUGACCCAGGAGGUGAUAAACUACAGAGAGUGGAUCAUCAAGAAGUGGGGCGGAAGACGCUUCGCACGGACGGAGAGCUGCGGCCCAGUUCAGCUCCCAGUUGCAGCUCCCAAGGAAGUCGCCGAUCAGGCGGCUCCCAACAGGCUGAUGGGCCUCCCCAUAGAGGAGCAGCGUGACUCUGCCUCUCCGCAGAGCAUCGACUCGCCCAUGUCUAUCUCCAGCCCCCAGCAGCACUCCUCUGCUUCAUCAGUCUCCUCACUCUCAGGAAGUGAUAUUGACUCAGAUUCCACUUCCUGUAUGGCCCCAAGUAUCCCAACGUACUCGUACCAAACACUUUCACCAGCCACCUUGUCACCUGCAGCACAAACAACCAACGGGAAGCCAAACUUCAGCGGAACCUUGAUAAUGCCCACAGGGUCCCAGUCUCGCGUGAACGUGCCAGGAAGCGUUACCUCCCAUUCUGUGGCUGUCAGAGCAGUUUGUGUGGAUGGGCCACCACCGUUCAUACAGAUACCACCUCCUGCAAUGCCCCCUUCAUCUACCAGCCCUCUGUCCAACCCACACCUGCAAGCAAAGAUUCACAAUGGGCCAAAGUGCUCCAUAAAGGGAAUGUACAACCCCUCCAUGGCGCACACCCCCAUGCCAGCCAAUCGUGGUAACUUGCAGUACAGAAGUACCUGGCGUCGGAGGAAGCACACACGGGAGAGUUUACCGGUCAGCGUCAGCAGAUAGUCGCUGUGCUGAGCGAGUCCCCCAGUUUUUUUUUGUUUUUUCAUCCCCCCACCAUCCUCUCCAGAGGAAGAGCGCUCGACCGAGAAACGACCAGCGUUUUAAGGAUGAGGCCCAUAGGUGGCGCUCUGCUGCAGCAGAAUCUUUUGCAUGCUCCUUGUUUGGUGGUCCAGGAAAAUCUGGAAAUUUGUCGUUCAGUGCUCUUGUUUGGAUGGUAUUUUAAAAAUGUGUGUUGGCCUCUUGCCAAUACGCUUAUCAAGCUGGAACGUUUGAAUCCAGUGUUCUGGGAGAUUUCGGUGACUGCUUAGGGUCCCCACUUCCUCCUCUAUAGGUAGUCAGCCAACCAUUACUAAGAAGCACUGGACAGCGGCUUUUUUUUUUUUUUUCCUUUUUUGGCCAGAGCUGUCACUGAAUUCAAAUACUCAACUGUACAAAAGGAAAACACUUUGUGCAAUAUAUACAUUUUCCCCCACAUAUUUAACUUUUU